AAAAUGCAUCUGAUAUCGAUAGGCGAUAGGCCGCGCACUUAGGAAAUUGAAUUUACCUAAAAUAAAGAUCAACGAAUCACAAAGCUUGGCUUCGCAAUGAAUGGCAUGAACUAUUUUCCGAACUACUACUCCAUCGAGGACAUAUUCGUGACCCAGGAGAAGGUGGAAUGCCGGGUGAACACCAAGCUGCAGCGAAUGGGAUUCCUGGACUCCGGUGCCGAAUCCGAUGACCUGGAGCCCGGCAGGACGGUCAAUCUGCCGCUGUGGUACAUCAAGGAGCUGAAGGUAAACAAUGCCUACUUCACCGUCGCAGUGCCGGAUAUCUAUCGCAAUGUGCACAAGGCCGUCUGCGAGGCGGAGACCACCCACAUUGAGCUGGGACGCCUGCAUCCUUACUUCUACGAGUUCGGUCGCUAUCUGACGCCCUACGAUCGCAACCACGUCAUCGGGCGCAUCAUCUUCGAGACGCUGCGCCAAAGGGUACGCCACCUUUUGGACAUCUCAAAGAGCGACGGACAGGCGGCCAAGGCGGAGCACCGACUGGACAACAUCGAGGCCAAGCUGCACGAGGCUGGAGUGCGCACCAACAGUCAGUACAUUGAAUGGCUGCAGAUGACGGGCAACAAGAUUCGCACCUCAGAGCUGGUGGAGGAGCACCAAAAGAAGCGGCGACGAGCGGAUCGCAGCGAUGACGAGGGCGAUGCGCUGCCCAACAGCAAACGGGCCACCUUGUGAACCAGCAGUCCAGCAGUCUGGCAGUCUAGCUGCCCAGCAGAGUAAACAAGUCCAGACACACUGAUGUACUGUGGAACUGUAGCAACUUUAUUUCGUCCAUUCGUUCGGUGGCCAUGGGGGCAGCCUGACCACUCAAAAAUACACUUCAUCUACACUAUGCACUCGGCUAAAUCCAUUUGUACAGUUCAAAAUACAUGGGUUUCGCAUACAUCUCUACGCAUAACUAAGCAUCCAAUCUGGGACCGGUCAUACAUAAAACUCCUAAGAGCUGCCGGUUCGCGUUUUCCAUGGACUUGGCAAUAAGCCAAACAACCGCGCAUCCUUGUACGAUGUUGCGCCACAUUAUUACAUAUAAAUAGUUAACUACAUAUAUAAUUAUAAUCUUGUAAGCUCAAUUAAAAUUUGAUUUUGUGCUAGUUUCACAUACAUUUCACAAAUAAACAUACACCAAUGUCAGCGUA